UCCACUGCCACUACUGCAUUUCGAGACCUCUCUGCUUCACUUAUCUUACUACUCUGUGUCAUUUUUCUCUUCUUUGCGUCGCUUCGAUCUCUCUCCAUGUAACCAAAAGCUCUUCUUUCCCGCUGUUACUAAGUACCAUAAAAAUGGCAGGGAUAUUGUUGCAUAAUUGCACCAUUGCUAUGAGUAUCCCCAACUGCACGACCCUCCGGAAGCCGAUUCCUCGGACCUCCAUUGCCUCAUCCUUUCUUCACAGUUCUUUUCAGAAAUGUACUCUCACCCGGGUCUUACACUCCAAAUUAAGCCCCAAUUCCAAGAUGAUCAAGGCGAUGGGCACUGAGCCCUCAGGUUUGAGUGGAUUUUCGGGAUUGGGUGGCUCAGAUUUGCCUGUCGAGCUUUGUGAGACAAGGAGGCUCCCUCCUGCUCUCACUUUUCGGGAUGCUGUGGAUAAACUUAAAAUGGCAAUUGAAGAGCUAAAGUUGAGACCCCCAUGUUCAAGGAGUGGAGUAUUGAGGUUUCAGGUUCCUUUGUCCUCCAGUGUGAAGGCCUUCGACUGGCUUGCACUUCAAACAUAUUCUCUCGAGGGUCCUCAAUUUGGCGUUCAUAGAGAUGAUUAUGAAUGUUAUACAAGUGAAAAGGGUCUGAUAAGUGAAAUGCUUGGAGUUGCUGGAAUUGGAGCUGCAGUUUACUUUAGGGGCACUGAUUCUUUUUCAUCCCAAGAGUUGUAUUCCAUACAGAGAUUUCUUUCUUUACAAUCACCCUCUGUAAGGGCAUUUGGAUUGGUAUGUCAAAGCCCAAUUAAUGAAACAGCUGUUAUGCAGCAUGAGAUUGGUUCAUUCUACUUCUUUAUUCCACAGAUCGAGGUAGAUGAACUUGGGAACGUCUCUAUUAUGGCAGGAACAUUGGCAUGGGAUGUCUUGUUGCACUAUUCCUUUGAGGAAGCAGUUAAUGCUCUUGAAUUAUCUCUCUCCAAGAUGGUUUAUUUUGUUUCACCAACAAAAAGGACCUUUUCCUCCAAGUGGUUAACUGGAGAUAAUCAAAAGUCUGAUUUGGCAGAAGGGAAGUCAAAUGUUAAAAUGGUGUGUCUUUCCGCAUAUGCUCAUCCUGAAAGAAGUACUGGAGCAGAUUAUUUGACACUGGAGCAAGCUUCUACUUUUGAUAGGUUUUAUUUCCAGCUCUCAAGGGGUAGUGCCUAUAGCCAGAACAUGAUUGAUACUACCCUCGAUUUGAAUUCCUCUGUAAAAGAGUGUUCAAACAUCAAUUCUUUGUGGGCAUCACUUAUCGUUGAAGAAUGCUGUCGUCUGGGCUUAAAGUUCUUUUGCAUAGCCCCAGGGUCAAGGUCCUCUGCACUUGCAGUUUCGGCAGCCAGUCAUCCACAUACAACUUGCAUUUCAUGUUUUGAUGAGCGAUCCCUUGCAUUUCAUGCUGUUGGUUAUGCAAGAGGAUCUCACAAGCCUGCAGUAAUCAUCACUUCGUCAGGCACUGCAGUCUCAAAUCUUCUUCCAGCUGUAGUGGAGGCAAGCUAUGAUUGCGUACCAGUUUUGCUUCUUACUGCUGACCGUCCUCCUGAACUACAAGAUACAGGAGCAAAUCAAGCAAUUAACCAGGUCAAUCAUUUCGGGUCAUUUGUGCGCUGUUCCUUCAGUCUUCCUCCUCCUGAUGACCGGCUUCCCGCAAGGAUGGUACUAACAACAAUUGAUUCUGCGGUACAUAGAGCAAGUGAAACACCCUCUGGCCCUGUGCAUAUUAAUUGUCCUUUUAGAGAACCAUUGGCAAGUAUUCCAACCAAAUGGAACAUUGGGUGCUUAAAAGGUUUGGGGAUGUGGCUUUUAAGGGAAGAUCCCUUCACUAAAUACCUUAGAAUGCCACAAUUUCUUUCAGAUAAGGAUUCAAAUGAUAUUCUUGGUGAUGCGAAAGAAGUUCUUGACAUAAUUCAGUUUGCUAACCAGGGCCUCUUACUAAUUGGUAAUAAUAACACAGAAGACGAGAUAUGGGCAGCUCUUCUCCUAGCUAAGCACCUCUCUUGGCCAGUUAUACCUGAUAUUCUGUCAGGUUUAAGGCUGCGAAAAAUUAUAGCAGCUCCCGAGGAAGAGGACUACUUAUUUGUAGACCAUUUGGAUCAUGCUCUUCUCGCAGAUUCUGUUAGGAGGUGGGCCCAGCCAGAUGUAGUAGUUCAGAUAGGUAGCAGGUUAACAAGCAAACGUAUUGCUCAAUGGUUGGAGGAUUGCCAACCACAUUCAUAUAUUGUUGUUGAUGAGCAUCCCUUUCGCCAUGAUCCUUCUCAUAUUAUUACACACAGGAUCCAGUGUACCAUUACUGAAUUUGUUGACCCUAUACUUAAACUCCAUUGCCCAGUGAAGACCAGCAAAUGGAGUAGUUGGCUUCAAGCACUAAAUAUGGCGAUUGCAUGGGAAAUACGAUUUCAGAUUGAUUCUGACGAAUCAUUAACUGAACCAUACGUGGCUCAAGUGAUUUCAGAAGCACUUUCUGGUGAUUCUGCCUUAUUUGUUGGAAACAGCAUGGUGAUAAGAGAUGCAGAUAUGUAUGGUUUGGGUUGGUUUAAUUGCCCAUCUGGCUCUAAAUGUGAAAAGUGGAGUUUGGGACUACCUUGGGUUGGUAUAAGAAUAGCUGGGAAUAGAGGAGCAAGUGGCAUUGAUGGUUUGCUUAGUACAGCUGUUGGUUUUGCCAUCGGAAGCAAUAAGCGUGUAUUGUUGGUGGUUGGUGAUAUAUCUCUUCUUCAUGAUACCAAUGGUUUAGCAAUUCUGAACCAAAGGGUGCGGAGAAAGCCAAUGACCAUUUUGGUGAUAAACAACCAUGGAGGUGCAAUAUUCAGUCUCCUUCCAGUUGCUGACAGGACACGAAGUAGUAUCUUAAAUAACUACUUCUACACAUCACACAAUGUGUCAGUUCGCAGGCUCUGUGAAGCACAUCGAUUGAAACAUGUGCAAGUGAGGACAAAACGAGAACUCCAACAUGCUCUCAGUGUAUCUCACCAAGGACUGACUGACAGUAUCAUAGAAGUGGCCAGCAGCAUCAAAGAUAAUGCUGCCUUUCACAGAGUAGUUCAACAAUCAGCGGGCCUAGCAGCAGAGCAUGCAUUAGACAUCCUUUCAAGACUCUCAAAGCCAGAAGUUUCCAUGUCUGGUGUUUCUCUAUGCAAGAUUCAGUCGAUGGAGUAUUUGUUCUAUAGAAUUCAACUUUGCAGCCCACCCACAUAUGCUACAUCCAAAACAAACUCCAAGAUGUUCAAUAGAGAAGGAUAUGUUUUAACAGUAGCUUUUGAAGAUGGAAGUACAGGAAUUGGUGAGGUUGCUCCCGUUGACAUCCACAAGGAGGAUCUAUUGGCUGUUGAAGAGCAAUUAAGAUUUCUUCUUCAUAUAACGAAAGGAGUUGAGAUCAGCUAUUUGUUACCUAUGCUGAAUGGUUCCUUUAGUUUAUGGCUUUGGAGAUGCCUAGGACUCCCGCAUGAUACAGUAUCUCCCAGUGUGAGAUGUGGUCUUGAGAUGGCAAUACUCAAUGCAUUAGCAGCCAGACACGGCUCUAACAUGUUGGAAAUACUUCUCGACUCUAAAAAGUAUUUUAAAUGUAUGAACAUGGGUAAGGCAGACCCUAUAAUUUAUGACAGACAGGGAGUGCAGACAGCUGCCCUUCUAGAUUCUGAUGGCUCACCUGAAGAAGUGGCUCAGCAUGUGGCUCAACUUGCUGAAGAAGGGUUCACUACAAUAAAAUUGAAGGUUGCUCGCCGAGCAAACCCCUCUGAAGAUGUUGAUGUUGUCCGAGCAAUUCGACAGAGAGUUGGAUAUCAAAUCAAUCUUCGGGUAGACGCCAAUCGCAGUUGGACAUAUGAAGAAGCAGUAUAUUUCGGAUCAAGUGUGAAAGACUGUGCCCUGCAGUUUAUUGAAGAACCCGUUAACUCUGAAGAGGAUAUAUCAAGGUUUUGUGAAGAAACUGGCCUUCCUGUGGCAUUAGAUGAAACCAUUGACAAUAUGCGAGGAGAUUUCCUAGACAAGCUUGUGGAAUUUGUACAUCCAGGAAUAGUUGCAGUAGUGAUCAAACCCAGCCUUGUAGGGGGCUUUGAAAAUGCAGCACUAGUAGCAAGAUGGGCUCAGCAGCAUGGGAAGAUGGCUGUCGUCAGUGGCGCAUUUGAAAGUAGCAUUUGUCUUUCAUCAUUUGUUCAGUUUGCUCACUAUCUCGAUCUGAAAAGCAGAGAAAUUUGCAGAAUGAGGAAUCAACAAUUAGGCCCAGCUAUUUCCCAUGGCCUUGGAACAUUUAGAUGGCUUAGUGAUGAUGUAACUACUGAAUCACUCAAGUUCUGCUUUCACCCAAAUGGUGGUGCAGUGGAAGCUUCUGUAGACGAUGCCGGUCUCCUCCUUCGAUCCUGCCAAUUGAAUCAUGAAGCCAUUCAGAAAAGCUACAAGGAUGAACAGUUGAGACAAUAUACAUUAGCAGGGAACUUUGAUGGUUUCUCUUACUCCUUUAACGUGUGGGAUACUGGAAUCAGCCAAGAUAAGAAAACUGUUAUUUUCCUGCAUGGUUUCCUUGGAACUGGUGAAGACUGGGUUCCCAUCAUGAAGGCCCUUUCUACCAGUUCAAGAUGUAUCUCCAUUGAUCUCCCUGGCCAUGGAAAGUCACAGAUACAGAGGAUUUCUAAAAAUGGCAGGCCUCAAGGUUUGGCAUUUUCAUUUGAAGAAUUUGUUGAAGUUCUAUUGAAACUGAUCCAUGAGAUUGCUCCUGAAAGGGUUGUUCUUGUUGGAUAUUCAAUGGGAGCAAGGAUCGCAUUGUACAUGGCCUUGCAAUGUGGUGAGAAGAUAGCUGGAGCGGUCAUAAUAUCAGGAAGUCCGGGGAUAAAGGACCCCGAAUUGAGAAGGAUCAGAGCUGCUCAGGAUGAUGCAAAAGCUGAUUACCUUGUUGCACAUGGACUAAAGAGCUUUCUCAAGUCAUGGUAUUCAGGAGAACUGUGGUUAAGCUUGAGAUGUCAUCCACACUUUGAAAGAACUACUCGAAGACGUAUGCAGCAUGGGGACAUUGAUGCAUUAGCAAGAGCUCUGUCAGCUCUAAGUGUUGGGAGGCAACCACCCAUGUGGGAAGAAAUGAAGACCUGUAAAAGGCCCCUACUAUUAAUAGUAGGAGAGAAGGAUAAGAAGUUCAAGAGGAUUGCACAGCAGAUGAAAACUGGGGAAAUUAGCAGAAGAACUGUUGAGGUUCCCAAAUGUGGCCAUGCUCCCCAUCUCGAAAGCCCCCUCUGCGUGAUCACUGCCAUAAGCAAGUUCUUAAGAGAACUGUCAAAUAUUUGAAAAAAUAUUUUUGUUGAUAUUGCCAGAUGCCACCCGCCACUGCAUUCUUUCUGAAAAUUGGGAAUUUUCUAGGAAACAAACUCAUGGCUUUAUCUACAUGCUCAAAACUUGGAUUCAUAAGCUUGUGGAGUGUGACCGAAGGGCAAGGAGGUAGCUUCCGUUUGGAUGGGCCCCACUAGAACACGCUGUUUUUGAAUUCCCUCAUAAAUGAGGAUGCCGGAUUAUCGGUGAAUGCGUGCUAUGGGUGGAUGGGAGGUGUGGCCACUUCUGAAGAAUGACGACGAUGCUAAUUGUUUGCAGCGACGGGUCAUCAGGAUUGUUUGAGGUGUGUUGGCUUAUGAAUACUCUGAUUCUUCGCACCUUGUACCAUUGCAAAGUGGUGCACAGCAUGGCAGAUAUGAACAUGAGAACAUACACACACAACUUAGUUUCCUAGAUGGUGAUAGCUUUGCGCAGCAGGUGUAGAUGAAUUCAAUGCUGAUGAACAAAACAAUGCUCUCUCUCUCUCUCUCUCUCUCUCUCUCUCUCCCCAUGUGUCCAUAUGCAUGUGUGUGUCCGUAUAUGUGUGUGCGUCACCAGUAAAAUAUAUGUACAGUAAAUGUUUUAAAUCA